UAUAAAUAUUAAAAUGAUAUUUAGGCCAAGUAGAAAAAGACAAGAAAAGAGAGAGAGAGAGAGAGAAAAAAACACCUUGCUCAAUACGCCAACGUCGUCGUCUUUACCCAAUCUAAUAAAAUCCUCUGUUAACAUCUUUUUUAGUUUUAUCCUCUUUUUCAUUUCAUAGAUCAAUUUCAUAAAAAAGUUUCUUCUUUUAGCGAAUCCUCUGUUUUCUGAAAUCUUAAAGUUGUCUCCUUUAAUUAAAACCAUCAUGUCUUCGACUUCUUUCACCGACCUCCUUGAAUCUUCCGGCGUUGACUGUUACGAAGAUGAUGAAGACUUGAGAGUUUCCGGGUCGAUUUUUGGUGGGUAUUAUCAAGAGAGAACCGGGUCGGGUUUACCUAAGUUCAAGACGGCUCAACCACCUCCUCUUCCGAUUUCACCAUCUUCACAUAACUUCACUUUCUCCGAUUUCCUUGAUUCUCCUCUGCUUCUCAGCUCUUCACACAGUUUGAUAUCUCCAACAACAGGAACGUUUCCAUUGCAAGGCUUUAAUGGAACAACAAACAAUCACUCGGAUCAUUUUCCUUGGCAGCUUCAAUCGCAACCCUCAAACGCUUCUUCUGCUUUGCAAGAAACAUUUGGUGUUCAAGAUCACCAGAAGAAGCAGGAGAUGAUUCCUCAUGAGAUUGCAACACAAAACAACAAUCAAAGUUUUGGAUCAGAUCGUCAGAUUAAGAUACCAGCAUACAUGGUGAGUAGGAACUCUAAUGAUGGUUAUGGUUGGAGAAAAUACGGUCAGAAACAAGUGAAGAAGAGCGACAACCCUAGGAGUUACUUCAAGUGUACGUAUCCUGAUUGUGUUUCCAAGAAGAUUGUUGAGACGGCUUCUGAUGGACAGAUCACUGAGAUCAUUUAUAAAGGUGGUCAUAAUCAUCCUAAGCCUGAGUUCACCAAGAGACCAUCACAAUCUUCAUUACCAUCAUCAAUUAAUGGGAGGCGCUUGUUUAAUCCUGCUUCUGUUGUUAGUGAACCACAUGAUCAAUCAGAGAACUCUUCGAUUUCGUUUGACUAUAGUGAUCUUGAGCAGAAAACCUUUAAAUCAGAAUAUGGUGAGGUUGAUGAAGAGGAGGAACAACCUGAGAUUAAGAGAAUGAAAAGAGAAGGUGAAGAUGAAGGAAUGUCUAUAGAAGUAAGCAGAGGAGUGAAAGAGCCAAGAGUUGUGGUUCAGACAAUAAGUGAUAUUGAUGUUCUUAUAGAUGGCUUUAGAUGGAGGAAAUAUGGUCAAAAAGUUGUCAAGGGAAAUACUAAUCCAAGGAGCUACUACAAAUGCACAUACCAAGGUUGUGGAGUGAGGAAGCAAGUGGAAAGAUCUGCAGCAGACGAGAGAGCUGUUCUCACUACCUAUGAAGGAAGACACAACCACGAUAUCCCAACCGCGCUACGUCGCUCAUGAAAAACAACAUUCUUGGGACUUAGUCACUAGUAAUAUCAUUUAGGCUUUCUAAAAAAAUACUCUUACUAUGGCUUAUCUUUUGUGCUCAUUCACAGUUUGUUUAUUUGUUUGUUACACAGUCAAUACUUUGUUUUGUACAGAGUGGUGCUUAAUAGUUUUUUUUUUUA